AUGGCGCCGGCCGGGCGGCUCCUCGCGGUAGCCGCCCUCUCCUUCCUCUGUGUGCAGGGGCUGUGGGGCGAUUCAGGCAGCGCAUUUGCUCAGAGCCAGCCGCCGCUUCACCGGAUCGUUCGCGCACAGGCAAAUGACGGCAGCGGCCUCAUGCCGGAGCUCCCGCCCAGCGGUCUCAUGCCCAUGCCGGAGCUCUCACCCUCACCCAGCGGCUCGCCCAGGCCAUUUGUUCCCUUCCUGGCGCCCGCUCCACUCGCGCCGUUCUUUAACAACAGCACGCCAAAGCUCUCAGGGAAAUGCACACUGAACUUUACCGCUGUCGACAAACUCAUAACCACCACGGCUGUCGACUGCUUCACCUCGUUUGCUCCUUUCUUGGCCAAUGUCAUCUGCUGCCCCCAGCUUCAGGCAACACUGACCAUCCUCAUAGGGCAGUCUAGCAAGCAGACAGGGUCUCUCGCAUUGGAUCCCACGGUAGCCAGCUACUGCCUGUCGGAUGUCCAGGAGCUGUUGUUGAGCCAAGGUGCCAGCGACAAUCUCCACAGCCUUUGCUCGGUUCACCUCUCGAAUGUAACCGAGGGAUCCUGCCCUGUUAGCACUGUGGAUUCGUUUGAGAGUGUAGUUGAUUCGUCCAAGCUCCUUGAGGCCUGUCAGAAGAUCGACUCUGUUAAUGAGUGCUGCAGCCAGACGUGUCAGAAUGCGAUAAAUGAAGCUGCCCAGAAAAUCUCGUCCAAGGAUGGAGGUUUGACAAGCUACCCUGGGAGCUCCAAGACUGACAGUUGCAGGAAUGUUGUUCUGAGAUGGUUGUCAAGCAGGCUUGACCCACAGUCCGCAAAGCAAAUGUUGAGGCAGCUAUCUAACUGUAACGUCAAUGGAGUUUGUCCGCUAAGCUUUCCAGACACAAGUAAGGUGGCAAAAGAGUGUGGCGGAACAAUGAAGAACAGUACUGCAUGUUGCAAGGCUAUGUUAACUUAUGUUGCCCAUUUGCAAAAGCAAAGCUUCAUAACAAACUUGCAAGCUUUAAAUUGUGCCUCUUUCCUUGGGGCAAAGUUGCAAAAGAUGAAUGUCAGCACGAAUGUCUACAGCUCUUGUCAAAUAACACUAAAAGAUUUUUCACUACAAGUUGGAUCUCAAGAAUCUGGAUGCCUCCUUCCAAGUAUGCCCUCUGAUGCAUCUUUCGACAGCACUUCUGGGAUUAGCUUCACAUGUGAUCUGAAUGACAACAUUGCGGCCCCAUGGCCAUCUUCUAUGCAAGCACCAUCUUCAUCGUGCAACAAGUCUGUCAAUAUCCCAGAGCGACCUGCCGCGACAUCGGCACAAAAUGGCAAGGUACAAGAAGAUCUGAGAGUUCCUUUUUGCAGGCGUGAACCACAAGAACCUGAAGCUAAGACUCCUUUCUUCCUUGGUCUCCCUUCUUCUGGUGCUCUUGGUACAAGUUUAGCAAGGAUUUCAGAAGCACAUUUCAUUUCUAUUAAGAUAAGACAGACCACCAUUACAGAAGCAUCGGUGCAAGAUAAACAGACAUUCAGAGUAGACAGGAGGCAAAGCUCAACAAGGGACGGAGCCGGAGGAGGCCUGCAAGCCACCUCUGCUAUGGCAACAAAAGGCGAGCAGAUCAUCUCGCUGCCGAAACCCAUUGCCGAUAUCGACGCGUGCGUGGAGUGUCCAGCCGCAUACGGCUCGUCGUCCAUGGAGAAGGCCACCAAAUGGGACGCCAACCAUUUGCAUUUGAGGGGAAGGGCACGGGGACUCCAGCUGGACGACAUCUUCUUCGCCUCGCCGUCGACCUCCCCUCUGCUGCUACUGAUGGAGGCUGAGCUGGAGAAGGCGCGAGGCCACGUCAGGGAGCUGGAGGACGAGCGGCGCGUCAUGACCAAGCGGCUGGAGCGGUUCCUGCGGAAGCUGGCCGAGGAGAAGGCGGCGUGGAAGGCCCGGGUCCGGGACAAGGCCCGCCACGCCGUGGCCGCCCUGCGGGACGAGCUCGGCGCGGAGCGGAGGCACCGGCGGCAGCUGGAGCAGGCCAACGCCAGGCUGCUGCGCGACCUGGCGGAGGCGCGGGCGUCGGCGAAGCAGCAGGCGCAGAGCUACGAGAUGGAGCGCAAGGCGCGGGAGCUGAUGGAGGACGCCUGCUCCGAGCUCACCCGGGAGGUGGAGGAGGACCAGGCCGAGGUGGAGCUGCUCCGCCGGGAGUGCCUGCGCAUGCGGGAGGAGAUGGAGGAGGAGCGACGGAUGCUGCAGAUGGCCGAGGUGUGGCGGGAGGAGCGCGUGCAGAUGAAGCUCUCCGACGCCAAGCUCGCGCUGGAGAACAAGUACACGCACCUCAACCGCCUGCAGGCGGAGAUGGAGGCCUUCCUCCGCAGCAAGGACGACGAGUCCGCCUCCCACUCCGCCGCGCUGCGGGAGGCGCGCCUCAUCAGCGACGCCGCCGCCGCCACGAGCUCCUCUGUGGUGAGGUCGAGGCAGAGCGGAGAGAACCACCACCACCACCAUCAUCCGGUGGACUCGGUGGAUGCGGACUCGGUGCUGGACCACUUCCGACGCAAGGAAAGGGAAAGGCACCAUCAUGCCGCUGCGGAGAGGGAAAGGGACGACGACGGGCGCAGGUACAGCAGCAGCCCGGCGAGCCCCGCGUCGUCCAAAUCCAGCGACAUGUUGCAGUCCGUCAGCCCCGCCACCGACCUCUUCUUGGCCAAGGCCAAUGACGACGACGACAUGUACGCCGACGGCGGCAGCUCGGCCGACCUGGAGAUGGAUUCCUGCAGCUGGGUCGGGACCAGCGACCGCUCAGCUUCCGUGGCCAAUAUCAACGGCGCCGGCAGCGGGGUGACGACGGAGGCUCGUUCGUCAGGCGCCAGCCGCCGUUCGACUAAAAACACGGCGCUCAUACGCAGGCUCUGGAGGUCGGCCAUCACCGAGAGCAGGAAGAAGACCGGGAGGACAGCUGCCGACGGUGGCGGCUGGUCGCCGUCUUAUUCGGCGGACAGGAGGAGGUCGUGCGUGACCGCGGAAGGGCCUCCUCCUCCUCCUCCUCCAGCCGUUGCAGGCGAGCAGUGCAGCUCGUCAAGCGGCUCCGGAUUGCCACUGCCGCCGCAGCGGGGAGGGGGAGGCAAGCAGAAGCAGAGCCUCAAGGAGAAGCUGAUGGAGGCCAGGAUGGACGAGCACAAUCCCCUCCACGCGCAUGCCGUCAAGCAAAAACCUUGA